CUAUAUCCUGGUGCUCCCAUCCGGGGUGUGGGGCCAAUGUGCUGAUAUCGACAGCAGGGCUUGCGCUUUAAUGGCGCAACAAAAACCAAAUAUGUGUCAAGACCAAAGUAUUGCUCCCUCCGCUUGUCCAAGAUAUUGCAACUUGUGCCCACUGACAUGUUACAAUUGUCAAAGGAUGUCACAAAAUGACACGUGUAAUUCAACAAUGACGUGUGCAACUGGAGAGAAAUGCCUAUCCAACUUGAUUCACUCGACCGUUGAUGGACAUGAUGAGUACACCUUCACGUGUGCCACAAAUGAUGUUUGUGAUGGAAAAGCGGUAUUGGCGGUCGUGAUUGGAAAACGGCGUCUACAUCUAACAAGUCGUGACGCAGCUUUCUCUUGCUGUUCAACAGAUUUAUGCAAUAAUCCACCGACGUCAACGUACAACGUCGCUAGUUCAACAUCAAACGCCCCAAUAACUACCACCACUACCACCACCACCACCACCACAACGAGACCACCCGCCUACUGUGAUACGUCUGACGGCUACACCCUGCUUACUUCCAACUCCUCAACUCAGCUGUGUGUGAAGCUGCACCAGAGCACACUCGAAUUCGUGGACGCCAUGUCUCACUGUCAACGUGAAAAUGCCAGACUUGUUGUCCUCGACACUCAGGCGAAAUACGACUUGGCAAAGCCUGUCCUGAAAACAACACACCAUGACCACGUCUGGGUUGGAAUGCAGUAUAACAAAUACCAGAAUACAUUCAUUUGGUUGAACGGCAUCCAUGUGGACGCUAACGAUAACAGAUGGGGGAGCCAUGAACCGUCUCAUCCUUCGGCAGAGGGUUGUGUUUGUAUUGACAAACAUGACAACAAUGGUUUCCAUAAUGCAGUGUGCCAUUACCAUUAUGCCUACAUCUGUGAGAGGAAAAUGUAA